GAAUUAUUGAUUGUGAUUUAUUUUGAGAAACAUGGGGGAGGGUGAGGUUUCUUAUAAACUGAAAUUUUUGUGUGGAUUAAUUGAAUGAAAGUGAGCGAUAAUGUUUUAAUAAAAGCAUGUUACUUAUUUACAAUCAUUGAGCGUUAAUCUCGGUGUAAUUCCGAUAGAACAUUUGCGGAAAUUACAACGGUAGCACGGCAUAAAGGUGCCUUCCCAGGUUUAUAUAGCAAAUAUUUGUAUCUGAAUAAACUGGUAUUAAAUAAAUUCAAUAAAUUUAUUGUUUUUACAAUGAAAUGAAAAAAAUUAUAAAGGAUUUUAUGGCGAUUAAAGUAGGUGAGGAGUUAGAAAUGCAAAGUACAAUAGGUGACCCACUAGGAGUGGGUGAGGUGGUGGAUCUCCUAAAGGAACACUACGCCAUUCUUACCGGUGGCAAAUCGAACGAUGGCUGUCCUAUUAUUACCUUUCCUGAUAACAAUAAUUUUCACAUGCUUUCUGAUAUAGACUAUCAACGAUUAAUGUUGUAUUUAACUACGGUGCCUACACUUCAAGAGGCAGAUAUGGGCUUCCAUUUAAUAAUAGACCGACGAAACGAUCGUUGGAGUGCCGUUAAGUUAGUUUUAUUGAAAAUAUCUGAGUUUUUCCCAGGGAUUAUACACGUGGUGUAUGUUAUUCGACCGGCGAGUUUUCUUCAAAAAGCCUUAUCUGAAGUUAGCAAUAUGUUAUCAAAAGACGAAUUUAAAUUCCCUAUGAUUGUAGUAAGCACUAUUGAGGAACUGCACGAAUAUAUAGAUCCGACACAAUUAACAACUGAUUUAGGUGGCUCCUUAAGAUAUAAUAACGAAAUAUGGGUUGAUCAACGGAUCGAAUUAGAACAUUUUUCGUGUAUUACUCAACAAGUUUCUCGCUCCUUAGAUGAUUUUACUAAGGAGGUAAAUGAGGUGGAGCUGCCAGAAAAUGUGGAACUUACUCAAGAGCUUUUUGCUAAACAAACCGAAUCAUAUUCAAAGUUAAAAAUCGAAAUUCUGAAUACUGCGAAGGUAGGAGAAUCCCUUCUUCGUAUUAUUAAAGGAGUUCCUGAUGAAGAGGUUGAUGCUGAUGGCACAUUUAGCCAAAGUCAAGAUAUUGGGAUUGUUUUCACUGUCGAACGCCUUCUUGUGCAACUGGAAGAAACUGAGAAAACUUUUGAUGAAUUUUGGAAAGAUCAUUCGAAUAAACUACGAAACAACUUGGAAUUGAGACGGUUCGAGCAGGACUUCACCGAGUUACAAGGGAACUUUGAGUUGUCACUUAGGACAAUGUCUGAGAUGACCGAACUGGGUGAUACUGCUUCUCGGGUUGAAACACUUAUUAAAGAAAUGAGCGUUUUCGAGAACCUUUGUCAAACGGAUAUUCAACGAGCAGAAGAAGCGGUUUCAUUAGGAGAAUUGUUAAUAAAGAAUUUUAAAACUCCGCAAGUUGAUCAGAUACAAACUAAAUGCCUUGAUUUAAGCCAAAUGAAAGAGUUGCUCAUAAUUAGGUUAAACCAAAGGAAGGAUGCUUUGGUUAAGAGUAGACUGCUUAUGGAAACUAUUGAGAAGGCCAACAAUUGGUGUUCUGCUGGUGUUAGUUUAUUAGCCUCGCAGAGAAUCGAGGAGUGCACUAAUACACCUGAACUGGCUGAGAAGUAUAUAGAUGAAAUAAAAUCGUACCAGAACCAGCAGGAAUUCAGGGAUAUUCUUUUCGAUAAUAUUUCGCUGGAAACAAAAACUAUCACCUCUCAACUUGUACAAAGAAUGGAUGAUAUCAUGCUCAUGUGUAAUAAAAGAAUAUGUAGCCUUAAUAAAAUAGCAUUAAAACAUAAACGACUCAACGUACAAACUCCGAUGGCAGAUUCCAUAGUUCCUAGACAACCCCUAGUUGGUGCACCUCAUCCUAGUAAACCUUUUUUAAAAAAGGCUUUUACUGUGCCGAAAAUGGAUAAAACAAUUGAGACGGAAUUGGAAGUUGGACCCGAAGAAGAAUUAUUUCCCCAUGACAGUGAUGAUAGUGUAAACAGUGCCAAAAUAGGCCAUGUUUUAAGUGAAUUGUUGGAUACAGAGAGGGUUUAUGUAAAUGAGCUUUUGUGUAUAAUUAAGGGUUACAGGGAAGAAGCAGACUUGCCAGAAAACCAAAACUUAAUUUCUCCCAAAGCUGCCGAGAAAUUCGAUGUCAUUUUUGGUAACUUAGAUGAGAUAUACAAGUUUCAUGCAGAAUACUUUUUAAAAGAUUUGGAAAACUGCAUUAGCUCUACGGAUUUGAUUGCAUUGUGUUUUGUGCAGAAGAGAGAAACCUUUCUUAAGCUAUAUAGUUUCUAUUGCCAGAACAUCACUAAGUCAGAACAAGUGCGUGAAAAUUCAAACGAAUUAAGCCCAUUUUUCAUAAAAUGCCAAAGAAAAUUAGGCCAUAAGCUUCCUUUAGCUGCAUACCUCCUAAAGCCAGUUCAACGCAUUACAAAGUACCAAUUGCUAUUAAGCCACCUUCUGAAAUACUCAGAAGGAAAGCUGCAAUGCUGUAAAGAGUUGCAACAAGCACUCGAUUGCAUGCUGCUAGUCCUUAAAUGCGUAAACGAUUCAAUGCAUCAGAUAUCAAUAACAGGAUUUCCCAAAGAAUUGUCACAACAAGGAGAGCUACUACUUCAAGGAUCAUUUUCUGUGUGGGUCGAAAACAAAAAAGGGGAUUUAAGGUUAAGACUGAAACCGCUGAGGAGGCACUUGUUCCUCUAUCAAAAAUCGCUGGUGUUCUGCAAGCCAGUUUCAAAGACUGACAGCAAUAAGGCCAUGUACCAAUUCAAGAAUUAUUUGGAAAUGUCCCAAAUCGGAUUGACCGAAACUGUGAAAGGUGAUAGCAGGAGGUUCGAGGUGUGGCUGCAGGGACGUCAAAAAGUUCAUAUUAUUCAAGCGGCUAACUUGGAACAGAAAAACGCAUGGGUCAAUGAAAUCAAGAAAGUCCUUUAUAGUCAGUUGGAAGAAAUCAAAGGAGAGAAGAUCAAGCAGUAUGCCGCGAUUGCUCAUAAACCGUUAAAACAAACAACAUCUUGGGAAAAGGAGAAAACGCCCGCAGCAACCCAGGGAGGACAAGUUCAUCAAAAAGCGAUGAGUUGUGAUAGUGAACCACCAGGUUACCAUAACGUAGACGAAGGGGUGGAAUGCACAGAGACUGAAAACUGGUCAUCCGAUGCCAGUAAUAGCGAUGAAGAAGACCAGCAUGCAGUGUCGAGAGGGCGAUAUAUAGCUUUAGCAGAUUAUUGCGCCAUCGGUAGCAGUGAGGUCAACAUGAAAGAAGGAGACAUUGUGGAAUUGUUAAAAGUAGGUUGUGCAGGCUGGUGGUUCGUUAAACUGAUCGGAAGUUCGGUGGAAGGAUGGGCACCAGCAGCUUACUUAGAAAGCGCCACCAAGAAAACAUUAAAAAAUAGCAGCCGGAGUCAAGAUCGACUUAACGAACAUCAUUAGCAACAAUAUUAAUUAAUUUAUUUAGUUUUGUUUUAUGUUUGAGGCUUCAUGCUUCUGAUGAGGGACAAUUUUUUGCUUAGCAACACUCUUAUUUGUUUAGAACCCAUUUAAACCUACUCAAGAGUCUAGUAUUAAAGCACAGUAAUUAUGCAUCAGUGAUUUAAUUAUGACGCCUCAAAUGAUUUAUGUAGGUAUAUAAAUUACAGUACAGUAGGAAUAAAUGGGUUAAACAGAAUCUCCCAUUAAAGCAGGUUUGGCAAAGAAUAAAUGCCUGGAAGAAUUUUUGUCUUUUACUGUUUCUUAACCAAGUGUACUUCCUAUGUUAAACAAAAUUUGUUUCCUUUUUUGUUAACUAUUUUAUAAUGUGUAUUAAGGACUUGAUAACUUGACAUUUUCUUGUGUUUAUAUAAUUUAUUGAAUGAAAAGGAAAUGGUCGAGGGAUGGGGGUUUAGGUACCUACUUGAUGAGUUACUUUAGUACUUUUUAUUUGUUAGAACGAAUAUGUUUCUUAACAGCCAAUAAAAAAUGUUAAAUAAUAAA